AUGUCCAGACCAGGGGACGCAGGCUCCGGGGUGACGGUUGCUGCAGAGCGAGGGGCCCUCCGCAGGCUGGCCCCGCUCUCCCGUGUGUCCACAUACCUGUCCUGCCACCUGCAGGGUGGCAUGUACAUCUUCCAGCUCUUUGACUCCUACGCGGCCAGUGGGAUGUGCCUUCUCUUUGUGGCCAUCUUCGAGUGCGUCUGCAUCGGCUGGGUGUACGGAAGCAACCGGUUCUAUGAUAACAUCGAAGACAUGAUUGGCUACCGGCCACUGUCGCUCAUUAAGUGGUGCUGGAAGGUCGUGACCCCCGGGAUCUGCGCGGGCAUCUUCAUCUUCUUCCUGGUCAAGUACAAGCCGCUCAAGUACAACAACGUGUACACCUACCCGGCCUGGGGCUACGGCAUCGGCUGGCUCAUGGCCCUGUCCUCCAUGCUCUGCAUCCCGCUCUGGAUCUUCCUCCAGCUGUGGAAGACGGAGGGGACGCUGCCCGAGAAAUUCCGGAAGUUGACCAUCCCCAGCGCUGACCUGAAAAUGCGGGGCAAGCUUGGGGCAGGCCCACGGACGGUGACGGUUAAUGACUGUGACGCCAAACUCACGGGCGACGGGGCCAUCGCCACCAUCACAGAGAAGGAGACGCACUUCUGAGCCGCCGCCUGCCACCGGGUCCCCCUCCUUCCCCCGCGUGUAAAUGAAUACCUGAGACACGUGCUUCUCCUAAUGGUAGGGCUUGCUCCUUUGCACAUGAUUUAUUAACACGUUAAUUUGCAGGUGGCCACCGUACACUCUGGUUUCAAGUCACAUUCCUCUCCUCGCCCCUGUCAUCGUGGAAGUAACCACUGCGAAGAGAUAAUACUGUACAGCAAAUAGCAACAUUUUCUUGUCCUAGGGCAGUUUUAAUCAAUGUUUUCUAGGGGUUAGGAAAAAGUGUAUAAUAUUGUAAAACUUUUAUACUUGGGUUGUGGGGCAGGUGGGGUGGGGAGCGGUGCCUGUCCUCCUCUGUCAGCCUUUUAACCAAGCGUUCUGGGUCCCUGUCUGCGACCAUGGGCAGCCACCCCUCCUCCAUGCCCCCAGGGAGAGCUCGUCCUAAACCUUCCCUUUCCCAAGGGCAGUGGGUUUGCAGACAGCAAGGUCAAAGCUGUGGGGCAGAGAAAAAAGGUCCCAAAGUCCCCCUGCCCCCCACCCCCGCCACCCUGAUCCCACUAAGUGACCUUGGCCACUCCCUUCCCUUCCCCUCUCUGUGCCUCAGUUUCCCUAAGUCCCAAAUUGGGGGAGGGCUGGAUGGGGUGUUCCCGUAGGGACUCUCUUUGCAUGCCUUGCUGGCUGCAGGACCUGCCUUUGAUCUUGGCCUCUUUUGGAGAUUUGCAGGCAAUAAUCUCAGCCCUCCCCGCUCCCCUCCCCACCUGCUUAUUUAAAAUCAAGAUUAUCAUGGAAAUGAAAUGGUAGGGAUGUGUGUUUUCCCCUAAAGCCCUAGUUUUAUCUCAUCUGGGAGCAGCCCUGCUCUCUGGUGCCCAGUGGGUCCUCAGCCCCAUGGCCUGGCCUGCCUUCCGUCCCGGUCCUCUGCUCUCACCCCCAGUUCCCUCUCCCCGCCCUCAGCAGGGCUGGCGUUCUGGGCCAGGAGGCGCCGUCUACUCUUGCAGCUGCCCGACCAGGAUCUAUGUCUUAGUCUCUUCCUCCGGGGAGCUACAGUGGAGCCUGACACCUGGUGUCCUCCGCAGGCCUUUCCCUGUCCCUGGCCACCUCUUCUCCCUCCUGCUGUCCCCUCCCCAACCCCACCAUCGUGCCCCUCAGAUCUUUCCCCUUCCCACCUGCCUCUGUCGCCAGGGGACUGAGAAGCGCCUGCUCUUGCUGGAGGGAGAACGGGCAUCCGGGGUCUGCAGGGGCUGGUGUCACUCCCCUCCGCCCUGGCCGCAGACUCUUUGGCCCAUACCGCUCUGCUUUUCCAACUGGACCUUACGUCAGCCUCUGCCUUGGUGUCUGCGCUCUGAGGGCCGGGGAAGGUGCAUGCUUUUUCCUUCUCCUGUGUGUUCCCGGUUUGGUCUGGUGGAAAUGUGAGCUUCUUGCAGACCCAGGCAGGGGACCCAUGUGGUUUUUUCACCCACAAGUUUCCAAACUCCCAGUGUCUCUGGUCUGGCCAGCCCCCCUCUGAAGUCCAAGUUUGCUAAAAGGGAUGCCCAGUGCCCCUCUAGGCAGGGAGGGACACCAGGUGUAGCCGCCCCCGGCCCUGUGCACACCGCUCAGGCCUGCCUGGCUUCGACAGACAGACCACCGUCCCCCUCUCGGCUCCCUGAGCUGUGUGGCCCCAGCUGGGUGCCCUGCACGGGUGGUCGUCAUCUGCUCUCCGGCAGCGAGUCCCUGGAGGAAGCCUGCCCGCCGCCGCCGCUGCCCGGUCUCCACCAGCAGCUCGUUCCGAAGCACAGACCCCUGCGCCGUGCAGCAGCCACGCGGCACCGAACACCUGACUGGCCUACGCGACUCGCGGGCAGGGGGGAGGGCUGCCUGUUGUUUUCUGGUUUUUGUAAUUUCCUACUAGUGAUUGUGUAACUCUGGGGGUGGGGAGGGCACCGUGGGGCAGGGGACACAUCAUUGUGAUGACUUUUUUGAUAUCCAUUAGAAACAAUACAUCCUUUCUGAGAUAUUUACGGUAUUAUUAAAAAAUGAAAAAGGUUAUGGGUAUUCAAAGGGCACACGAUUGUCUGCUUACUCAUUUUUAAAAAUUAAAGAAAUGAACAA